AUGACUUUUGCAGGAAAUUCACCGACCUCACCUGAAAAUCAGAAUGUUAGAAGUGGCUGGACGGGGAAGAGCUUGGAAGGUUCAGCGGUGAAGGAAUCCAAUCCUUUGGACAUGUCAGAAGAGGCCAAGGCAGAAAGGUUUGUGGUGAGCAAGAGGAAAACACCAUUAGAGAGGAGGUUGACAUCUCCUCAGUACAGAAGGAAUCUUCCCAUUGUGAGCUCUGAUCCAAUGAAGAAGGAAAAUGACACUAGUUAA